GGAGCUGCGGCCGCUCUCAGCGUUCUGGAGAGGAGCGUCGCGCCUGGACAGGCGGCGGCGGCGGCGGCUGCGGUGCGCAGGGCUCCGGGAGGGCCGAGGGGCUGCCGCGAUGGAGCAACUAUCUGAUGAAGAGAUUGACCAUGGUGCUGAAGAAGACAGUGACAAGGAAGAUCAGGACCUGGAUAAAAUGUUUGGAGCCUGGCUUGGGGAACUGGACAAACUUACUCAGAGUUUGGAUUCUGACAAGCCCAAAGAACCAGUAAAAAGAUCUCCUCUUCGCCAGGAAACAAAUAUGGCCAACUUUUCUUACCGUUUCUCCAUAUACAACUUGAAUGAAGCUCUGAAUCAGGGUGAGGCUGUGGAUCUGGACGCCCUGAUGGCCGAUCUCUGCUCUAUAGAGCAGGAGCUCAGCAGCAUUGGCUCAGGAAAUAGUAAGCGGCAAGUCACAGAGCCAAAAGUUACUCAGAAGCUACCUGCUGGCCGGCAUACGUCAAGACAUGGCACCCUGAGAGGAUUAUCAUCAUCCUCUAAUAGAACAACUAACCCUUCCCAUGCUAACUACUCCCUGGAUGACAUCACCGCACAAUUAGAACAGGCUUCCUUGAGCAUGGAUGAGGCUGCUCAGCAGUCUGUAGUAGAAGAUUCUAAGCCUUCAGUGACAAACCAGCACAGAAGAACCGCGUCAGCAGGCACUGUGAGUGAUGCUGAAGCACGCUCCAUUAGUAACUCCUCCCGUUCAAGCAUCACUUCUGCAGCCUCCAGCAUGGAUUCUUUGGAUAUUGACAAAGUGACACGCCCUCAAGAACUUGAUUUGACAACACACCAGGGGCAGCCAAUUACUGAGCAUGCUAUCUUUCUGAGCUGUCCCAGUAAGCAGGCCAAGCACCACUCUGACUCCACAGAAGAGCAGGCUGAGCUGGCACCUCACUCCUAUCUGGACAGGGAAACCUCCCUUCUUCUGAGAAACAUUGCAGGAAAACCUUCCCAUUUGCUGACCAAGGAAGAACAGGCAGCAAAACUGAAAGCUGAGAAGAUCCGAGUUGCUCUGGAGAAAAUUAAAGAGGCUCAAGUGAAAAAGCUGGUGAUCAGGGUCCACAUGUCUGAUGACAGUUCGAAGACAAUGAUGGUGGAUGAGAGACAGACAGUGAGACAAGUGCUGGACAACCUGAUGGACAAAUCUCACUGUGGCUAUAGUUUAGACUGGUCGCUGGUGGAGACCAUUUCUGAAUUACAAAUGGAAAGAAUCUUUGAAGACCAUGAAAACUUGGUUGAAAAUCUUCUUAAUUGGACAAGAGACAGCCAAAAUAAACUUAUAUUUAUGGAGCGUAUAGAAAAAUAUGCACUUUUUAAAAACCCUCAGAAUUAUCUUCUAGGGAAAAAGGAAACAGCUGAGAUGGCAGACAGAAACAAAGAAGUGCUGUUAGAGGAAUGUUUUUGUGGGAGUUCUGUAACUGUCCCAGAAAUUGAAGGAGUCCUUUGGUUGAAAGAUGAUGGCAAGAAGUCCUGGAAAAAGCGUUAUUUUCUCUUGCGAGCAUCUGGUAUCUACUAUGUCCCUAAAGGAAAGGCAAAGGUAUCUCGGGAUCUAGUGUGCUUCCUCCAGCUGGAUCAUGUAAAUGUCUACUACGGGCAGGACUAUCGGAGCAAGUACAAAGCACCCACAGACUGCUGCCUGGCCUUAAAGCACCCCCAGAUCCAGAAGAAGUCUCAGUACAUCAAGUACCUUUGUUGUGAUGAUGCAAGGACCCUGCAUCAGUGGGUCAAUGGAAUCCGCAUUGCCAAGUAUGGGAAGCAGCUCUACACAAACUACCAAGAAGCCUUGAAGAGGACAGAGUCAGCUUAUGAUUGGACUUCCUUAUCCAGCUCCAGCAUUAAAUCCGGAUCCAGUUCUUCCAGUAUCCCAGAGUCUCAGUCAAAUCACUCUAAUCAGUCUGACAGUGGAGUGUCUGACACCCUGCCCACUGGACACAUCCGCUCCCAAAGUACGGUGAGCUCCAUCUUCUCUGAAGCCUGGAAGCGAGGCACUCAGUUGGAAGAGUCCAGCAAGGCCAGAAUGGAGUCUAUGAAUCGGUCCUACACUUCACUCAUGCCCCCUCUGUCCCCUCAAACUAAGAUCAUCACUCCCUAUACUGCCUCACAACCUUCACCGCCUCUGCCUCCUCCUCCGCCACCACCUCCUCCUCCUCCACCUCCACCACCACCACCUCCUCCUCCUCUCCCCAGCCAGUCUGCACCAUCUUCAGGCUCAGCAGCUACCAUGUUUGUCAAGUACAGCACAAUCACCAGGCUGCAAAAUGCAGCUCAGCAUUCGGGGACCCUGUUUAAGUCUCCAACACCACCAGCGAUGCAGCCUCUUCCUUUAGCUUCACAGUCCAAGGCUCAAAUUGUGGUGCCCCCCAAUGGGGUUAUUCCCCCACCCCCUCCCCCUCCCCCACCCCCAACCCCCGGCUCAGCCAUGGCCCAGUUAAAGCCAGUGCCAUGUGCUCCAUCCCUACCACAGUUCAGCCCCCAACCUCCUCCACUCAAGAUUCAUCAGGUUCAGCAUCUUCCUCAGGCUGCCCCACCUACACCCCCACCAGCUCCUCCCAUUCCUGCAACUGUCCCUCCUCAAGCACCCCCUAAACCUCUGGUGACCAUUCCUCCUUCAGCCAGCACAAAGACUGUGUCACCAGUAGUAGCACAAGCUGUACCACCAACCCCUGCACCUCCAGUGCCCCCUGCAAAGAAGCAGCCAGUGUUCCCUGCUUCUCACAUCCCACCCACUCCCCCUGUGCAGCCUACCCCAUAUCCCCCACCUACACUACCCAAACAGCAGAGCUUUGGUGUGAAGCCACCCCCCUCUCCACUGUCCCCUGUGCCCUCAGUUGUGAAGCAGAUAGCCAGUCAGUUUCCACCCCCUCCCACUCCUCCUCCUGUGGACUCUCAGCCCCUAAAGUCCCUCCCAGCAAGUGUCACCCCACAGUCCCCUCCUGCAGUAAAAGCAAAACCCAAAUGGCAGCCCAGCUCUAUCCCUGUCCCUUCUCCAGAUUUCCCUCCUCCCCCUCCUGAAAGCAGCCUGGUGUUUCCUCCACCACCUCCCCCAGCCCCAGCCCCACCACCGCCACCACCACCACCACCACCAGUGCCACCCACAGCUUCACCUACCCCUGACAAAGGUGGAUCUCCAGGCAAAAAGACAAGUAAGAUGUCCAGCCCUGGGGGGAAGAAACCACCCCCAACCCCGCAGCGCAACUCCAGCAUUAAGUCCGGCAGUUGUGCAGAGCACGUUGAGCCCAAGCGACCCUCCGUAGACAGUCUAGUCAGCAAGUUUGCACCGCCAGCAGAAUCAGGGUCUCCCAGCAAGGAGACCCCACCACCUCCUGCAGCACCCCCCAAACCUGGGAAACUACACCUUUCUGGAGUCAACCUCCCUGGAAUCCACCAGCAAGGGCUUGUGCCGGCAAAACCCUCUGUUCUGAGUGGGCGUGGAAAGGAUGCAGUAGUGGAAUUUCCAUCUCCACCAUCUGAUUCUGACUUUCCACCCCCUCCACCUGAAAUAGAGCUUCCUCUGCCCCCUAUCGAAAUUCCAGCUGUAUUCUCGGGGAACACAUCCCCAAAAGUGGCAGUUGUUAAUCCUCAGCCACAGCUAUGGUCUAAAACAUCAGUGAAGAAGGCCCCUCCACCUACCCGGCCCAAACGCAAUGACAGUACCCGCCUCACUCAGGCUGACAUCUCUGAACAGCCAGCAAUGACCACAGUUGUGCCACAAGUGCCCACCUCUCCUAAAUCCAGCCUUAGCGUCCAACCUGGAUUCUUAGCUGAUCUUAACAGGACAUUGCAGCGCAAGUCUAUCACGCGGCAUGGCUCCCUCUCCUCCUCACGUAUGUCCAGAGCAGAACCCACAGCCACAAUGGACGACAUGGCACUACCCCCACCACCACCAGAACUGCUGUCUGACCAGCAGAAGGCUGGCUUUGGAGGUAGUCAUAUUUCGGGCUAUGCAACAUUGCGAAGAGGACCCCCUCCCGCUCCUCCUAAGAGAGACCAGAAUACUAAGCUCUCAAGAGACUGGUAGCUACAGACUUAUUUUCAUGCUAUCUAUAAUCAGUUCUACAAUCAGUUCAUCUGAUCAUCUGUGCAUCCAGGUGUUCAGAGCCUCCUGAUAAUGUUAUUCAGGUAGUAUCCAGCUGUGUGUGUGUUUGUGUGUAUAUGUGCUGCAUGUGUGUACAUGACUGUACACACAGGUAUACAGAUUGUGUGUAUAUACAUAUGUAUACAUGUGUGAAUGUGUAUAUAUAUAUACAGAGAACUGAUUCUAUUUAUUCCUUUCGCCUCCUAAUCCCAGUAUGGAGUUUUGUAUAUUUUGGGUGGAAGGAGAGAUAGGAGGGGAUAUAUGGUCACUUACAAUUUGUCUAUCGUAUGGAUUGGACCAAACACUAAAAGGUAUUUCCUGUGUCUGUCCUCGUGCCACCACUCUGUGCAUGUGCUAUAGAAGAAAUAGAUGGGCAGUUUCUCGGAUAGAGAGUACCAUCAGAAUGUUUGGUGUAUCUGCUAGGGCUUUUUUCUUUAUUUCUCCCAGUUUUUCCCAGUUGGCUGAAUUUAGAACUGCUUAACUGACACUUAAAUACUACAUGUAAAGGGACACUGUACAUCUGGAAAACCUUAACUAUACAGAACGGGUAAACAGUGCAGGAAAGGGAAAUCCAGAAGACACUGUCUGUGGCUGUACAUAGGAAAGUCUGUACAUGGCUGCUCUAGUUGCAGUAGUCAUGCCAUGACCCCAGCCAUAUCUGAGAUGUCUUCUCAGGUAAGCUUUCUGUCUACAAUACAAGAAAUAUAUGCUAUGAUCCUGGCUACUUUCAGUUCUGUCUUGCAAAGCUUCAUCAACUUGGCUUCAUGAUUCUCACUUUAUAGUGAAUGUCCAGUACUUAUUGUAAUGUCCAGUUAGUUAUGUCUUAGGUCACAGUUACCUUCAUAUAUAGUCUAGGCAUUCGGAGACAUCUGAAUCCAUGUCUGAAUAUGAAAUAUAUACCCUGUGCCCAAUUGGCUCAUUAUUUAAAGACAGUCACCUGCUGCAAUGCCUUCUUUAAAAGUUGUUCUAUCGGAGAGAAAAAAAACAGAACAGGCUCUGUACAGGUGUCACACAUGAGAUUACAAUGCAAAGAAUCCAUUGGGAAUUUGAUUAUCAUAAUUUCAUCCAUAGCUAGUGGAGCUGCUAAUGGAGCUGCUAAGAUCUUUCCUGUUUACAGCUCAAGUGUAGAGAUUUUGUAGGUAACCAGGUGUCUGAUGGAGUAGUGUCACAGUCCAGUGACAGUAAAUGACACUGGCUAUGCAUAAACAGCUGCGCAAACCUUGGAAGAAGCAUUGCUCUGAUGACACUACUGGGCUUCACACUCUUCUGUGUGCUUGUGGUACUUUAAACAACUUACAGUGACAGGUUGAAGGGAAUAAAAUACAACUUUAGAGCUACUGUAAGUAAAAGAAAUAAAAACUGGCCGUCCCACCAAUUACAAAUGAACAUAUCUUAUGAAGAAAGUCUGUGCCUGUUGAAAAAAUAACCAGUGCCAGAUGCAAAACUCUUUUGUUCCUAUCCCUCAAGGAGAAAGUAACUGCAAUGAAUCUGGGUCAAGAUCCAUUGAAGAAUACAGUAUUUGUAUACAGCAUCACAGGGAUGUGAGGAUGGCACCUCCUAGCACAUGUACAGCCGCUAUUCAGUGCAGCCACACAGUCAGGGAGGAAAAAACCCAUAAGUCAUUGUGCUUCUUAAAACCCAACUUAAGGAUAUUUUUUGAAUCUUUCAAAUUGUUCACCAAGUAUUUGUGCUUGCUGUUCCUAUGAUGAAGUGACCUUUAACGUACUGCAUUGUUAGUUUCAGCCUGAGUUCAGAUGCCAAGCCCCACUGAGACUCAGAGACAAGUACUUCCCUACGCUUAUCAACUGCGGCUCUCUGUUCAGGAGAGUAGAUCCAGUUAUCCCCAGUACUGAUUUGUUUUCUUUUUCAAUUAAACCAGAUAAGACAAUUUAGGAUUUCCUUGAGUGGAAAAAUAUGCACUUCCGAUCUAGAUUAAGCCCUAAAUCAACAGCCUUCAUUUUUUUUCAGUGUGAAUUUCAUGGGAAUCCUUAAGGCAUCCUGAACCGCGACUUCUGUUUUAUUUUCUUGGGAGAGCAGAUACCUUUGAAAACCAGUAAUGCCAAGAAAACGAGAGUGCAGUAACUAUCCAUUUCUAAAUCCAGUCAUGUGGCACCAUGCAGUUUCUUUAUAUUUCUCAAAGAUAACAGCUGUUAAUUUUAAGAAUGAUACAUCCCAAUUUUUUUUUUUUUUCCUAAGUGACACAUUGCAGUUUUUGUUUUUAGCUGCCUGGUGUGUUUGAAGGUUUUGUUUCUUCUCUGUCUCUGAUGUAUUCAUGGACAUGACCCACUGCCAGACAACAUGGGUUCUGUGCCUUCUCUCACUGCCCUCUGCUUGGCAGCUCCAGCUUACAUGGUUUUCAGGCCUGUGAAAGGUGCCUGGGAGCUGCCUGGACACUGGCUGACUAGUGAACAGGGUGAAGGACUUUCUGCCCCCGAGGGCAGGAAAGCCAGGUGCUUUUCAGAACUGAUGACUUCUUUUUUGACAGCCUUAACUUGUUACUGUAUAAGCGAUUUCAAGAGUCUCUAGUGCUUAAGGAAGGCAGCAGAACAGCCUAACUCAAGCUCAUAGGCAUUACUACAAACACAGUUCUACCUUAACCUCACCACCUUGGCUUUUACUCCCAAGAUAUUUAAAUACUUUCCCUUUUUAGUCACUAUAAUUCACAUGUGAAGGGGAGGAAAUUGGUUUUUAAGAUGUCCACUUACAGAUAACUAGAUUUUUUUCAGUAUCUAAACUUUUUAACAUAAGGAAGAGAGCUGUAUCUUAAAGAUUACCAAAAAGUCUUAUUUUCAUCAGAUAAUGACAGUGGGGUUUUCUUAAGUCCUCCAAAAUUAAGGUGCUCCUACCCACGGAUGGCAUAUCUUGCAAAGGGCUGAGAACUGUCUUGGGUUCCUUCUCUCUGAGUUACUGUGUGCAAACAGAAUGGAGAGGUCAGAGAAUCCUAACAGGGUAACUCUUCCAAGGUUCAGAUCUACAGGGAUCCAGGUCUCAGAGCCUGGAUGUUGGUGUGGAUUUGUGCAUCAGACUUUGAACAUUUUGCCACCUUUGCUACUCAAAACCAAUUUUAUGUUACAAACACAGGGCAGUGUUUAAGCAAGUAAAAAAUCCAUUCAAACAUUUUCAUGUAUCUUCAGAAAUCAGAAAUAGCAUUAUACUGAUGUAAUCCCAGACUUUACUCCAGUUUACUAAUUAAAACAAUGGUCCUGUGUGGGUAGGUGACAAUUUUCGCUAAAACAGGAAUUAUUAUUUUUGUUAUGCAUGAAAAUGGCCUUCUCUUUUUUAAAAAAUCCCUUUCAAAUUAAAGAUAACCUUUUAGAAUAUUAGUUACUUUUUAAUAUCUACUUUACAUUAUCUGUAAUAUGUAAACUCUCUCCAAGUUUACCCAAAGGGAAAUGCAAAAACUGAAUAUCCCACUAUCUUUUAUGAUGAUCCUUUUAAAAUCCAAAUGACAACAUAUUACACCUUUAAAACCCUAGCCAUAAAAACUGCAAGUGCUCAGUGCCCUUAGGAGGUCUGUAUGUAAAAGAAGCCUAAAGUCUAGGUGAAUUUAAUGAAAUAACAUUUCAUAUACAAUGUAGGGAGCAGAACAGAGGCUCUACUGGGUUUUCUCUGAAGUAAACCAUUUUAGAGAACUAUCUGCUAUUAUCCCCAGUGCCUUGAACUCUUUAGAGGAAUAACAUUUAAAAACAACAAAAAAACCACAGGUAAACUUUUGGGGUGCUAAUGAAAGAGAAGGAAGGUAAGUACUUUUAAAGUUUGGGCAGAAAUGGGGAAGGGGUGACUCUUACAAGAGUUUUUUUUCAUCCAUCUACAUGGAAUCUGGCUGUUUCCUCCCAAAGAUGUUUAGAAAAGUGGCUCAAGUCAACACUGAGCCAUACUUAAGACCUGGCCAAACUGGGAGCAUAUUGUUCAUGAUCUGUGAAUUUCAAGCAAGGGUUAAGAAUCAACUUCCUUUAAAAAAAAAAAAAAAAAAGGAAUCAACUUCUUAGACACGGUUGCAGUAGCAGGGGAUAUUAAAACUAUCCAUUAAAUUUGUUACAACUUAAUACCAAAACCUGCCAUUUUUUCAUAAUUCCACAUCCUAGUUCUUCCUGUAUUUGUAAAUAGUCCCUCCUAGAAAAUAAGCAUUAACUGGAAUGUGUCAAAUGACUUUGCUUAUUAGUUUUACUAUCAGCCACUAGUGAACUCUUCUAAGAUGCAUAAGGUAAAAUAUGAUUAGCUUGUGCUAAGUGUUGUAAAAAUACUGUUUACUGUUUUCAAGAGAAAUGCACAGUAUCUUUAACUGGGGUUGUCCUCUUCUGUUUCACUCUGACUUCCAGCUGUGGGAAUUCUGUCAUAGAUAUAAUGUAGAAAUAUACUUUUUUAAAGCAUGAAGAUAACAUGUACCUGAAAGAGGACAUUAUUCAGAGGACUAUGCACAGCUUGAUAGGAUGAAGUUGUGGUUUUAUUUCAGCCUUGUUGCUAUUAUUUUCGUCUGCAUAAAUGUACACUCAUUUCAUUAUGUGCCUUGCUCCCUGCUUGUGCAAAGCUAUAUAUAUACACACAAAUAUCUAUAUAUGAGAGAGAUAUAUUCAUUCAGUACUACUGAUGAUGUUUUUGUUCUACUGCUGGAUUAAGUUAUUGUCUAAGUUACACUUGCCACUUGUCAUAAACUAUUGUAAUGGCUUAGGACAGUGGUCAUAUAGCCAGAGUAAAUUUGUUUUUCCAGUUAUAUUAUUUUGUCAUCUAUCCCAAUUCUUAAUAAAAAAAAAAUUACAUAGAUUCCAUUUAAACAAAGGAUUUCAAGUGUUUUGGAUGAGCACUAUUAUGAGCCUGGUUUUGCAGGGUGGGAGAGAUGAUACAGCUGUUAAGAAUGCUUUCUGCUCUUCCAGAGGACCAGAGUUCAAUUCCCAGCACCCUCGUCGGGCAACUCAAAACCACCUAUAACUCCAGCUCCAAAGGAUCCAAUAUCCUCUUCUGGCCUCCAAGGCACCUGAACAUGUGUGGCAUACAUACACUUAAAUAAAUAAAAGUAAAUUUUUAAAGAA